ACACCAUCUCCCUCCCACCUUCACCCCGACAUCGAUCUGCAUUCAGCCGCUCCGGCAUUGACAGUCUGUCGUGCAUCUUCCUCUUCCUACCAACAGCCGUCACCCGGAAACUUGCGAAGAGGCGUCAGCCUCACGCGACACACGACACAUCCACCCCAUCUCAACCGUCACCAUGUCCGCUGAGGAGGAUCUGAUCGACUACUCCGACGAGGAAAUCGCACCUACCGAUGGCGCUGCGGCCACUGGUGCGGCCACAAACGGCGAUGCUAAGAAGGGCGACCUCACGGUGACCGGCGCAGGCGCCGCUCAGGGUAAAGGCAGCUAUGUCGGCAUUCAUUCAACCUCAUUCCGGGACCUGCUUCUUAAGCCUGAGAUCAUGAAAGCCAUCACGGACUGCGGCUUCGAGCAUCCAUCAGAGGUCCAGCAAGUGUGCAUUCCACAAGCCAUCGUUGGCACCGACGUCCUUUGCCAAGCGAAAUCUGGUCUCGGCAAAACAGCAGUCUUCGUCAUUUCGACCCUCCAGCAGAUCGAUGUUGUGCCUGGCGAAGCGUCAGUCCUGGUAAUGUGCCACACGCGCGAGCUUGCAUUCCAGAUCAAGAACGAGUACAACCGGUUCACCAAGUACAUGCCUGACGUGAAGACUGCGGUCUUCUACGGCGGUACCGACAUCAAGGAGAACGAGAAGCUUCUGUCCAGCAAGGAAACGUACCCCAACAUCAUAGUGGCCACGCCUGGCCGUCUUAAUGCGCUCGUACGUGAGAAGAAGCUGAGACUUGGCACCGUCAAGUUCUUCGUUCUUGAUGAGUGCGACAAGAUGCUCGAUCAAAUUGACAUGCGCCGCGAUGUUCAAGAGAUCUUCCGCGCCACACCGACCAACAAGCAAGUAAUGAUGUUUUCGGCGACCCUGUCGCAAGCUACACGCCCUAUUUGCAAGAAGUUCAUGCGCAACCCCCUGGAGAUCUACGUGGAUGACGAAACCAAGCUUACGCUCCACGGUUUGAGGCAAUUUUACUGCAAGCUCUCAGAGUCCGAGAAGAACCGGCGUUUGAAUGACUUACUGGAUGAGGUCACCUUCAACCAGGUCAUCAUCUUUGUCAAGAGCACUGUCCGUGCAAACGAGCUGGCCAAGCUCCUUAUCGAGUGCAACUUCCCAGCCACGGCAGUCCAUUCAGGUAUCAGCCAAGAGGAGCGCAUCAAGCGCUAUCAGGAGUUUAAGGCUUUCAAGCACCGCAUUUGUGUCAGCACGGACGUCUUCGGUCGUGGCAUCGACAUCGAACGCAUCAACAUGGCUGUCAACUACGAUAUGCCCGACUCGCCGCAGAACCCAGGCUCGUCAGACAAGGAGAGCUUGGCACAAGCUGCCGACACCUACCUCCAUCGCGUUGGUCGUGCUGGUCGUUUCGGUACCAAGGGUGUGGCCGUUAGCUUCGUCAGCAGUGAGCGCGAUGAGGCGGUCCUUAAGGCCAUUGAAACACGCUUCGAGCGCAAGAUCGAGGAGUAUCCGGAGGGUGGUCAAGGAAUCGACGUCAUGGGCGAGUAGGGUAGCAGACCGAAGGUGAUAUUGCGCCGAGGCAAGCAGAAAUUGGUCCCAGCGG